UCAUACGACACCGUUUCAAGGACGAUAGGUCGCAUUUAGUGCAGUGAUAAUUCCUGUUGAUAGUGGUUGUAUGUGAAAAUUGGCUUGCUAAAAAGCAGACUGAAGUUCAGAGACUCAACAUGGCUGUUGCUGAGCUGAUUGCCGAAAACGCGGGCACAUUGUUGCUCUUUCUAGUCACUUUGGUGGUAAUUCUUCUGUAUCAGAACACACGGAGGCCGACUGGGUUCCCUCCAGGACCCCCUGCACUCCCUAUCAUCGGAAAUGUACUCACUUUUAGGUCGUCUGAACCGAUCUACCACAUCUUCGGGCGUCUAGCGGAGCAGUAUGGCCGCAUAUUUUCCUUGAAACUCGGCAGCUUCUGGGUGAUCGUUCUGAACGAUAUUGAAGACAUCCGUGAGGCUCUCAUCAAGCAACCAAUCGCCUUCGCAGGACGCCCCAAUCUCUACACAACACAAAUUGCAACAGAGGGAUUUCAAGACAUCGCGUUUACUGACUACGGUCCUGAUUGGCAACUCCAUCGGAAAAUCGGCAACGCCGCACUCAGACACUUUGCAAGUGGCGAUAAGCUUGACAAGCUUGUGCACGGUGUGCUUCCCGGCGUAGCCAAGGUACUAGACCGGUCGGUGGGCAAAGCCUUGGAUCUUAAAGACGUCAUCGAUCGAUUCAUCUACAUCGUGCUGGCCAACAUGUGCUAUGGAAAGGGUUACGAUUUCGACGACCCCCUCCUGACCGAAUGGUUUGCACUCAACAAGGAAUUGCAGCAAGUCCUUGGGGGCGGGCUUCCCCGCGACUUCAUCCACAGUCUCAAGUGCCUGCCUCUGACGUCACGGGAGAAACAACUGAAGGAGUUGGUCGACAAGGGCUUGGAAUUCGUCUACAAAGAGUUCAAAGGCCAUCGCGACACUUUCGAUCCAAACAACAUUCGAGAUUUGUUUGAUUCUCUGAUCGCCGCCCAGAAAGAGGAUGCAGAGGAGACGGGAUCGAAGGCCGAGUUUCUGACGGACGUGAGGGUCAUUCAAACGGUGAACGAUAUGUUUGGAGCUGGUACUGGUACGACUAUUCCCACACUCUACUGGGCCAUUGCAAUCAUGAUUGAACAUCCUGAAAUCCUGGAGCGUGUUACCAAGGAGAUAGACGAGGUCAUAGGUCAAGACCGCCUGCCGAGUCUUUCAGACCGAGGCUCUAUGCCCUACACCGAGGCUACUUUGAUGGAGGUCAACCGUUACGGAUCGGUGUCGGUCAUCGGGUUGCCCAAAUCGGUCACCAAAGACACAACCUUUCGUGGUUUCACGAUUCCUAAGGAUACAAUGGUUUUGCUCAACUUAAAGGGAGUGCAUUUUGACCAGCGUCAUUGGGACGAACCGCACCAGUUCAAACCAGAGCGUUUUCUUGACGAGAGCGGGACGCAUAUGAUCAAGCCCCCGGCCAGCUUCGUGCCCUUCAGCAUCGGCCGUCGCUCCUGUAUCGGAGAGAACUUCGCCAAGGGUGAGAUCUUCCUCGUGUUCUGCUGGCUCUUCGGCCGCUACUCCUUCGCCAAGGUGCCCGGCAGGGAGAGCGAGUCGCUCCUGCAACUGAACAUGGAUCUGGGGUCGUUUGCCAACGAGCCCAAACCGUUCGAAGUUAUCGUCUCGAAGAAGUGAGAGAAAACACUUCCAAAAUCAUCUUUUGCGAAACAAUUACAUUUUGUCAGUGUCCACCUAUUUGGUUGAGUUUCUGACUUGAUUUACAGCUAAGUGAAAAAGCUGAGCUCCAAGUAGGUUUAGGAUAGUAACGGUGUAAUUGAAAGUAUUUCUUCAUUGAACGCGAUCUGUUCUGAUUCCGGACUACGAAUUUAUUGUUCUCUGUUUCGAUUUCAAUUCAAUAGACAUUUUAAUUCCAUACAUUGCAGAGAAAAUGGACACAGAAUAAUUAAACAAAUGUAUGGAGGCCAAUUCACAGAAAGCAAAAGCUCGUCACGGAAGGCCUUCAUAUAUUAUAUAAAAACACUGCAUUCAGAAGAAUUAAAUAAGAACAUUAAGCAGUAUACUGAAGCGAAAAGUAGUCAAUAGUUUGUACAGUCCUAGCGAAGGGUGUUAAUCGAGAAAGAUGUGCGAGUGUAAGAGUACAGUUUUUUUAAGAUCUAGUGCAGUGGUGGAAGUGCCGCUAACGGACGUGAAACAAUAGGAAAAUGUGAGAGAGAGUAGAUUAUUAGUACGUUUAUACAUAAAUACUCCAGUUUGAAGAUCAUUAAUGUCACAUAGAGAAAGAGUGUUUAAUUUAGCAAAGAGAGGUGCGGUGUGAUCACGAGGUUGAGAGAGACUGCAAAUUCUGAUAGCUGGUUUCUGGAUGACCGUAAGAGAAUUGAGUUUAUUGCUGCUACACCGAGCCCAGACUAUAUUACAGUAUUGAGGUAACAAAAGCACGGAGUUUAGAGAGAACUCCUGUGUUACGAGAGAUAGUUUUAUUGACUGCUUAUCGUCAGCGAUGACACCGAGAAACUUCGUUGAAUGUACUUGAUUGAUCGAGGUGCCAUCAAGACAGAACAGGAGAAGUGUUGAGUUGAAUGUUAGUUGAUUUAGAGAAGUACAUUAAUUUACUUUUCUGUUUGGUUUGCAUGGAGCCCGUAGCACAUUCAUUCGUGUCACGUAUGAAAUCCUCAGAGGGUUACAUUAGAAGCUUGCUUUAAUUGGCUUUCUGCAAACUUUGAACUUAAAUCCGAACAACUACAAAUAGCAAAAAGAAAAAAAGAAACAAUCAGUCUUUCUUCCUAGAUCUGUGUAAAUAUUAUCUAUUUACUAUAAUACUAUAUUGACAUUUAGUGUUUAGGAGAAUAUAACAGAGCGACGGUUUAAUUGGUUCGUAUUGGAUUUAGGAUUAUUUUCAAGAUGGCGGUCGUUAUCGAUCUUUUAGCGGGGAGCGCCCCCAAACCAUAGACUCGAGCCAUCCCUUAGUCACCAUUUAUCUUUUGGUAUAAAUUAAUCUGUUUGGUUGAAAUCGUGGAUUUUACAUUGCCUUAUGCUACUUCUCUUUGCCGAUUUAAUAAGAACAAGCCCGGCCUUAUCACGAACUUUACAAAGUUUACAUGAUCAUUGUACAUUUGUUAAAAUGGAAUUUGUAUAUAUUUAUAAUUCAUUCUGCAGUCAGUCAGAGCAGUCAAGUAAUUCUCCCUCCUUUAUCUCUUCAUUUUUCCAGAAUAAACUCACAUCUUUAAGAGUUUCAGCCUGUCCUCUUCAUCAAUUCAUUUGACCUCAAAAUAUCCACGGGUCACAUGACGUUUUCACAAAGCUUCUCGAAGUUCCCCAACUUUUCACCUAUUAUAAUUCUCUCCUGUCAAAUGUACUGCGAAAAAGUUAAGUCAUGAGCGCAAAAUCACCGCAAAUUAUUGCAGUAUGCUAAAUCGGCAUAAUACUACUGUGGUGGAGCAAUGGCAGCCUGAUAGCUACGAGCAAGCUUCGAGAUGCAGAAACUCACGCUAGAAUUCUUUCCAUAUGUUUCCAAGUCAGGUAUCUAGAGAACAAAUAACACUGCAUUUCCUUGAUAAGGAGGCAGAAGAACAAAUAUGGCUUGUGAAACUACAUGUACACCUAUGAAACACAUUUAGCUAAAACUGGGUAUGUGAUGGAGAAUAAAAGGGUGCAUUUUAAAACAAAGUCACAUCAGUGCGCGAUUUCUAUAAAUUUGUUGAACUAUGGAAUCGUGGUAA